AUGAUGUCCCCCAAGUUCUACAACUUCCUCGCCGUCGUGCUCAUGCUCCUCGGCCUCGUCUCAGCCGCCAGCUCCGUCGCCCCGGCCAAGACCACGGCUCACGUCACCACCACGCACACCACGACCGUCGUCGUGACCAAGACCACCCACGCCACCACCAAGGCCUCGGUCACUGCCUCAGUCACGGGCACCAACAAGAAGAAGGAGGCGGCCACCAGCACCUCCACGGCCAAGAGCGCCGGCAACAAGGUCGCCGACGCGACUCUCAUCACCGUCUCCCUGGCGGCUGGCCUCGUCACCUUUGGCCUGGUCUUGUCCUAA